UGAGAACCCCUUAACGGAACACCUGAAUACUUAAUAAACGGAUAAAAUUAACAUUAAUAACGACUGUCUGUGCCCGAUCCACAUUUUAUCCGAGGACAAACGAGAACGACGCUCGUCCAAGAUAUAUUCCAUACGAGGGCGUCAUUUGAGGAGGACUAACUCUCUCUCUAGUUUUUCAUUUUUCGUUGGGAAGAGGAGUGAAAAUUCGAAAGACUUUCUUCGUACGAAACGGUGGCCCACGUCUGACUUCAUCUGGCAUGGAACAGAAUCCGGAAAGAUAUCCGAACGAAUUAUCGAGAAACGAGGUACUAUCAUUUACGACUUCUCUCGCGAUCGAAGCUAUGCUUUUAUAUCGUUUGAGAAGCAAUAGAAAGAGUACAAAAGGAAAGAUGAGAAAGACAGAUAGAUAGAUAGAUAGAUAGUUAGAUAGAUAGAUAAAUGGAUAUACAUAGAAAAGAAAAAAAGGAGAGAAAAAGAAGGAUAUUUCUUUUUCAGUCCGAAAAUGAGAGCAACGAUGAAGAAUACGCGCGUUCCCCUAUUUUACUCGAUUUAGACGAAAAUUCAAAGCAACAAGAACUACGAGAAUUGGAACAUGAACGAGAUCGUGAACGACAACGGCAGGACGUCGUCAACCACCAAGAAACGAUUUUACCGAACGUACUAUCGACAGCCGAUCAACACCUACAGGAUCAAUUAUCGCAAAGUGCAUCAGACGAUCCGACCGUGAUUCGACGUCAAUCCUUGAGAAGAAGGUGGCAAGGUCCUAGUAAUAUCGACGAACGCCAACAGAACUCGGACAAUGUGUUAAUUAUAAGAGUACCGGAACCGGAAAUAAUAGGUGGCCAUCCGCAAUUGGAGAUACUUCACGAAACGAAUAUCAGAUCGAUACAACGUGAACCCUCGCAAACUGAAAAAGACUACAAAAAGUCAGCAUGCGAUCGCGAACGAACGAGAAUGAGAGACAUGAAUCGUGCUUUUGAACUCCUCAGAUCAAAGCUUCCAAUAUGCAAACCUCCAGGUAAAAAAUUAUCGAAAAUUGAAUCACUUAGGCAUGCCAUAACAUAUAUCAGACAUUUGCAAAGUUUAUUGGAGCCUCAAUAUAAUUACGUUCCAAAUGUAUCAGAAAGAGCAACGUAUUAUGGGAAUCCUACUGGUACGAUACCCUUCGAAAUACAUCAUCCCAAUCGAUGGGAAUCUUUUAGCUACUAUCGUUAUGACUAUCAUACUCCUUACGCCACUCCCUCUCCUCCCAGUUUGACAUCAUCCUUGCAUCCACGAUUAUCCUGUGAUUCAGAGGAACGAUCGUUCCCGUAUGAUUCACGACAUUAAUAUAUUCAAAUAAGAAAUAACAUGUAUUUUAUUAUACUUAUAUUAGAUUGUA